AAUUAAUUUAGUUGGCAGCAUUUAUGACAUGGUUUGAAAGAAUUGAAAGGAUUGAAAGACAAAAACAGAAGGGAGCCGAAGCAAUGACUGAGACAAAUAAUUGGGCAUGACAUGUUCCACCAGGGUGGAGACAGCAGCUCCCUGCUUCACGAUGACCAUAGCUUGCCUUUGGACAGUGCCCUUUCGGCCUCUCUAUAUGAAGCUGCCGACUUCUUGCUAAGAGAGACAACAACACCUCUUAUCAAAGAUGACAGUUCAGAGAGGCCUUGUAGCUCCUGCAUGGCCAUGGCCUGUGUCUGCACUUCUGCCAGCAUGCCUGAAAUUCCCUCUACCUCGUCGUUGGCCAGUUUUUGUCCAGUUUGUCAGGGCUCCAUUAAUCUUCCUGCCCUCAGAAUGGCACAUGAAAUUAUUUGCUCGUCUAUGUCAUUCUGUUACCAAUGCUGCAUCACAUUUCCCUCUGGGCUGGCCAAGGAGCUGCACAUAGUACAAGAGCACAGCUCUUUACCUUGCUUGGGUUGCGGUGAAUCUUUUGAAUCCGAGAGAAAAUUAACAAACCACCUUGCUAGAGAGCACUCAACGCUGCGUUGCCCCUGUUGUGAUCAUAUGAUAACUGAUAGUAUGGAGGAGCACCUGUCGUCGUACCACAAGAGCUGUUCUUAUAAACACCCUUUUCUUAGUCGGCCGGACUUUACUUGCUGCUUGUGUCUAAAUUCUAACAAAUUUAGCACCUCCGAAGUAUCAUCAAUUAUGAACCAUUUGAUAAUAGAGCACAACGUAAAGCAAGCAAGAGCGCUUCUCUUUUUGUGCAGAUUGGACACCGAUACUGAUGAAGAGGAAAUUUCCAACGACAUCUUAGUCCCUUUAGUAAAUCUCUUUGCAAGCUCAGAGUCAAGUUCUGAAGAGGAAGACGAACAAGAACAACUUGAUGACCUUUAUGGAGUUGAUCUCUUAGACGUUGAUCCUGAAGACAUGGACUGCAUGUCUGAGUCAAGUGAAGAUGAAGAUUGUGAAGUCAAUUUAGAGUGUGAACUAUGUGAUGAGCAAAAUUUUGUUUCACCCAGAGAGCUGUGUGCCCACCUUAAUGAAGAGCACAAGCUGGGUUGGGACAAAAAGAAUGAGUCAGAUUGCAAGUCAGCAGACUACAGCUGCUACUUGUGCACCUUUAAGUGUCGAUUGAAGAAGGAUUUGAAGAGCCAUUUGAAAGACGACCACACACAUUUAGGAAACAAAUGCCGCUUUUGUCCCAUUCGAUUUCGUGAGCACAAAGACCGAGACAAGCAUCAACUUGAACAGCAUCCUGACCAGGACCAAAAUUUUUACCAGUGCCCGGUCUGCAAGUUUGUUGCUACGUGCACUGCCAUUGCUCAACAGCAUCUCAUCUCAAGUCACCCAAAUGAAAACAUGAGAUCAAAAAUUAAGUACAAAUGCAGAAUCUGUCGACAACUGAUGCCAUCCAUACUCUUGAUGAGAACCCAUUUUAGUUCUUGGCAUUUAGGUGCCAUGAUCUACAGAUGCAAAAUGUGCUCUGCCACUCUAAAAACUAAGAAGACGUUAAACCAUCAUAUUAAGGUCUUACAUUCCGAAUUCAAGAAAAGAAAUUGUUCAAUCUGCAACAAAGAAUUUCUCAAUAGAAGAGCAUACACAAUCCACUUCAGGAUGAAACAUAACAAGGGAUCAAAAAUUGGGUUUCGCUGCCGUCUUUGUCAAAGAAAAUUUGACACCAAAGAAGAGAGAAAAUUGCAUUACACCAUCGACCAUGAAGGAGAAAGUCCCUAUCACUGUUCGGACUGUGGCAAGGGAUUUGCAAGCAAAUCGGGAAUGUAUGGACAUAGACAACUCCACACUGGGUCUGGAACUAGCAAGUGUGAAUACUGUGGCAAAGAGUUCACGCGCAAAGACAGCUACAACGAGCACCUACUAAUUCACAAUGGACCCCGACACAAAUGCCCACACUGCCCAAAGGAAUUCGUUCAAAGGUCGAAUUUGAUAAGACACAUUCGCAUCCACACUGGUGAAAAGCCAUACCAGUGUACACAUUGUGAAAAGAGGUUCUCGGACAAAGGAGCAUGCAACUCACACAUCAGGGUUCACACCAAGGAAGAAAUGUGCACUUGUCCUUACUGUGGUCAGAACUUCUCAAAGAAGCAGAAACUCAAGUACCACAUUCGAAAACACACUGGGGAAGGACUGAUAGAAUGUGAAAUCUGCAACAAAAUGUUUACAAAUAGUUUUGCUCUCAAAGAGCACCGUGUGAUUCACAACCGCCAAACUCAAGUUGUGUGCCCCCAAUGUGGCAAAGGCUUCAACUCUGAAAAGUAUUUGCAGCGUCAUGUCUCCAUUGUGCACGAGCCAGCGAGCAAGUCAUAUAAAUGCUCACUCUGCCCAAAAAAUUUUUCCCAACAAGCAAGACUUAAGGCCCACAUUAUGACCCACAGUGGUGUCAAACACAUGAAAUGUUUGCUCUGUGAUAAAGCUUACUCAGUAAGAAAGUCUUUGAGGCGACAUCUCCUUGAGAAACAUGAGAUUGGUCCAGAUGACCCUAGGUACAAACAAAGUUUCCAUGCAAUGUCUCCUGAGGAGGCAGGCCUUGCUCUAAACGAGGGCGAGGCAGGAAGUCCACCAACUGAGUCAACAUCAGGAAAGAAACGUCGACGGGUAGAAGAAAUAGUACAGAAUCUGCAGAACUCGCUGUCAACGUCCCAACAAACAGCACAAGUAGCUCCACUCAUCAUCAACCUGAAUCAAAGGAGGGUGCACCAGAGACAAAUCGAUGGAGAGGGUAGCAGCUCCUCAGUAAGUUAAGAUUUAUUCACGAUUCGUUCUACUCUGGUCUCCACAGAUAUACCUCUGAAAAAUAGCCAGUUUCUAACUGCUCCACACUUUAUUUAGUUUUAAGUACGCCAGUAACAGCCUGAGGGAAGUUGCAUUUUCAAUGUUCAUUUUACAAACAAUGCAUUUAAUUUUGUGUGAUUUUUAACAAUGAGUGACCAGACUGACACCUGUUUUCAAGUGCAAUAGAAAAUAAAAUCGUAACUCAAGAUUUCCGAAGCACGUUUACUAGUGCUGCCUAAGACUGUAUAAUACAAAUGAAAAUAUUGAAAUAUAAUUUAACUGCAAACUUCCACAAUAUGCCGACUUGCCUCAGGAUUUUGUUUUCUACCUCAGAACUGCAAAUCAAACAUAACAGAUACAACACACAAAUGCAAUAGUAACAACAAGACUGAAAUAAUCUUUUUCUCACAAAACCAUUAUUUUGAAAGUGCCACAAAUGUUUUUUGAUACAACAUUGUAACUUCUUAAAUAAAACAAGUUUUGUAUUGUGAAAAGAAGCGUGUAAUUUUUUAAGCUCUGUCUC